ACCUCUCCAUUUCUCUUCUGUAUUGCAGAGAUAUUGGGAGGGGAGAAGAAGAAGAAUACAAGAAGAAGAGAGAAAAAGAAACAAAAGGAGAUGGCAAGAGCAAAUAUGAUCGGCUGGGCAAUGUUAUUGGUUGCGGUUAUGGCUUUGUACGUCGGUAAAGCGGAAGGAUGGCCGUGCCAACUCGAUUGUGCACGAGAACAUGCACAGGAACAAGGUGGAUCUGUUGCGUCACCCUUGAUGGAAUGUUUUGGCGCAUGUUUGGAUCAUUCGAAACACGUACAUAAAGCUAAACCAUCAGCCGAGACGCAAAAAGUCAUCGAGUUUUUGGCUCAAGCACCUGAGUUCGAACAUUACCCAUCAGUAGGGAGAAAGGCAUUUCCUCCUUCCAGGCAACCAAUGAUUGUUAACAUUCCAUCAAUAGGGAGGAAGGCAUUUUCUCCUCCGAAACAACCAUUGAUUUGAGGAGUUAUAUUAAUUAACUGUGAUCUAUGAAAUAAUUCUCACACACUGACAUGAACUGUGCGUCAGUGCCCUUUGUAACUAACGUAGUUGCUCUCCUGCCCUCGUUUGCUUCUUCUUACGAUUCUCUCUUCUUUUUGUUUUCCUUCUUCUCCCCGUACUUGUAUCGCAGGGAAAUGAAUUUCACAUUUCAUUUCAUUGUAUAUCAAUAAAUAUUACUAUAAGUUGGUUUUUCUUACAUUUA